UCAAUCCAUGUUUUCCCUGCCCACAGGCAGCUCCCCGGUGGGGCGGAUCGUGAUGGCAGCUGCUGCCAAGCACCUGACACCAGUGACACUGGAGCUGGGGGGCAAGAACCCCUGCUAUGUGUCUGACACCUGUGAUGUGACCAACGUGGCACGGCGCGUGGUCUGGGGCCGCUUCUUCAACGCGGGGCAGACCUGCAUCGCGCCCGACUACCUGCUCUGCACCAUAGAGAUGCAGGAGAAGCUCAUGCCCGCCUUGCGCGAGGCCAUCACUGAGUUUUUCGGCUCCAACCCCCGAGAAUCCCCGGAUUUUGGCCGCAUUGUGAGUGACAAACAGUUCCAGCGCCUGCGGGCACUGCUGUGCAGCGGGCGUGUGGCCAUCGGGGGACAGACGGAUGAGGCCGAGCGCUACAUCGCUCCCACGGUGCUGGCAGAUGUGCUGCCCUCGGACCCUGCCAUGCAGGAGGAGAUUUUUGGGCCCAUCCUACCCAUCGUUGUCAUUGCCAACAUGGAUGAAGCCAUUGACUUCAUCAACGCACGGCCGCGGCCAUUGGCCAUCUACGCCUUCUCCUGUGACAGCAAGAUAGUGAAUCAGGUCCUGGAGCGGACGAGCAGCGGAGGCUUCUGUGGCAAUGACACCCUGAUGCACUUGACACUGACCUCGCUGCCCUUCGGAGGCAUUGGGAACAGUGGGGCGGGAAAAUACCAUGGGAAGUUCACCUUUGACACCUUCUCCCACCACCGUGGCUGCCUGCACCGGAACAUGGGGCUGGAGACGCUCAACACCCCGCGCUAUCCCCCCUACACCCAGCAGAAGUUGGGGCUCCUCACGACCACCUUUGAGGUGAAGCGCAGGGGCACCUGCACCCUGCUCUGAGGCUGCCAUGCCCUGCUCUGAAGAUGCCACGGAGUCAGUGGGAAGGACCGGGACUGUCCUGCUCUCCCUCUUCAUCACGCUGCCCACUCUGCACCGUGUCCUUUGCCUUGCUGGAGCAUGUUGGACAGCCAGGAUGGACAUCCCCUCCUGCACCCUUGUGGCCUCUGCUCCAAACCAUUUUCCAGGACACAGCUGAAAUGACGAAAAUCUUUUUCUUACUCCGAACUUCUCUUUCUGGUGGAGAAGCGCUCCCAUCAGUCCCAUCUCCCCUCACAUGGACUUUUCCUUUGGAAUGAACCUCUCUCCCUCCUCACUGUUACUCUUUGCUCCGUGUAACUCUGCCUGUAGUAAAGACUUUGCAUCAAACUCUA